AUGUCGGACGAGAAGAAACUGCAUAUGGGAUAUCAUGGCUGGAUGAAGACAAUUCCAAAGACAUUGCAGGACUGUACGCCCAUGCGAAUCGAUGAGUCAAUGGCAGUUGUUCAUCGAAGUGAUACACGCUCGGUCUGGAAUAGUGCAGGCACUUGGGAGGAACGUGAUAAAUCGGAAUGGGCUCGUGCACGUUUGAAACACCACAUUUUGACAUCCUUUGGCUUUGAGGACGAAACACUGGGACUUGUUAUCAAAGCUACGUCUAUUGUUCAUUGUAAUGGAGACGCCAAGGUUGUAUUCAGUCGUGGGAAAAAGCGCUGUGGCUAUGAGAUGUCGGUCAAAUUUACGUGGGAAAGCAAUGAUGUCAUUACGGGCCAGAUUGAACUCCAGGACUUUGACGAUACGAAUGGCGACGAUUUUGAAGUGAUUGUUACGGUGGAUGGGAGCAGUCAGCGUGAACUGGCUGCGAAGAAGGCUGUGGUCGACAAGGAGUCGGAGCUGCGCAAACUGCUUGCGCUAUGGAAGGAGGAGUUGCUGCAGCAAUAG